CAGUGCAGUACUUACCUUAACGCCUGUCUUGCCCUGUCGAGCCUGUCAAGCUCCUCGGGUUAUCCUGGUUCACGCUUCUCUGCACUAAUUCUCCUUUUCUGACACCACCCUCUUUGUGACAACGACUACCUAGCCAGCGUAUAUUCCCCUCCAAGUCACCAUCCAAGCCCUCCAGCUUUUCUCAGCCAUGUCUGUUUGAGUGGUGCUGGCGACAACGACCGCCAUAAUUCUCUCUUUUAUCGCUACCGUCCUCGUCUUCGACGUCCAGCCACAUUUCGCUGUAUAGCUGCCUCCCGAGCUUAUGCCCUUUGAUCCAGUUGCGCCUCGCUGCAAUUGGAUCUCGACUCUGAUGCUUUGCUUCGACCCACUGCUUCCCAUUCUUUCCUGGUCCUUGAUCGAGAAGCACCCAAUCCACCCAGAACUUACCGCGCGAGUCUUGCGCUGCAAUCCGCCCUCGAAGACUCGAUGGUCUUGACCGUGUUAGAUCCUAGAGAGCAGUGUUCUUAUCUCACACAUCAUAUACACCGUUCGCCAUUGAAGGCUAGUCCUCGUCUACGAUAGCCGCAAAGGAUCAAUAUACGCACGUCUGUCCAUACACCGUGCUCAUCAUGACGGUUGAUCAACGAUCAGCUACCCAGAAGCUCCCGGCCGGACUGGCUACUGUGCUAAAUGCUCCUGAGGAACAUCGCGACUCGGCAUACUAUUCAAGCACAGAUGCCUCUAGCAAGCACAACUCAGCUGCGUCGGGGAUUGGUAUCAAUAUUUACCAUGCCGUACAGGACAAGACGCCAUCUCCGACGACGACGACAACGACUAUCCCACAGCCACUCAUAUCUCCAUCAAGCAAUAUGAGUGUCGCUUCCAUGGUUUCGCCAACAUCACCAGGGAGUAUGCGCUUUGACCGGCCCUUGUCUCUAGAGUCGGGGGGUGUGUUGAGCGGAGCGCCGAGCUUAGGACCAGACUCGCGGAGAGAGAGCGUAGAUAGCAGGAUUAACCAGGGCUUUGGGGACUUGAGACUGGGUGGAUCGCCCUACGCCAGCGCAAACCAAUCCACAACGUCGAUUCACGCGAGUCUAGCGCAGCAACGGAACCCUCGCGCUGGACUGGAUCACUUGUCGGUGCAUCGAAUAUCCAAUGGCUACCAACCGAGUGUAGAACGAACGCCGGAUGGCCACCCCAAAGCGCGAACCGCCCCAGCUAUCACUGGUCCUGCUACCAGCAGUAUUGCCAGAGCCGCCGAACCUACGAAAGGAGAGGCCUGGGCUUUUCCAGAGGAUGAAGUUCAGCGGGUGCCUCCCGGCAUUGCGAGCGGUACUUUUCUCGACUCCAGGCGGAGCAGUGUUGCCGAAUCUAUUGCAAGUAGUCAGUUUACAGCUGACUCGCGAUUACCACCUGGCCAACGGCGAUUAGAAGAUGGGGUAGGACCCGAGUUUCAACGUCUAUCUAAUAACUCUACCGACUUCCAAACAGUUCACCAUCACUCUCUUCAACAUAAACAAUUAUCCGACCUUCAAAGCGAGGAAUCUAGUCCUCACAACGGCUCGCAACCGUACAGCAGGACACCUGAGCUCCGAGUGAGCCAUAAACUUGCCGAGCGAAAGAGACGUACAGAGAUGAAAGAGCUUUUUGAGCAACUCCGCGACCUGAUGCCGCAAGAGCGUGGCUCAAAGGCUUCCAAGUGGGAGAUCCUAUCAAAAGCCAUCACUGAACAUCAACGACAAGCCGACCAUAUCAAACAAUUGUCUACUCACUAUCAAAAUACUAUAGCUGAGGCGGAUAUGUUGCGCCGCGAAAUGGAAAGACUGCGUAUGGAGAACUCUCAACUACGCAACAGCGCGACCACAGGCCCGGGACCUGGAAAUCAGCCCACGCCCGCUCCACAACCUCCUUCGGAAUCUUACGCUCAAGACCCCUAUGGAAGGGGUCCCCGGCCGGAGUUGCCGCCAUUGCGAGCUCUGAACAAUAAUAUGCCGAACGGCCCAGAAUCUAUGACUGGCGUACAAUACGAGGGCCAACGACCGCCCAGUUUUCGACAAGACCGAUUCUAAGUAAUCUAUUAUGAGCACUCUACUAGAGGCAACGCUCUCUUUCAUCAUUAAUUUCAUUUGUUGUGAGGCUUGGUAGUCGAGGUACACAUUAGAAGCCACGCAAUGUAUAGGCGAUACCCGUUACGAAUGAAAGGCGUGGACCCUGAAUACCUAGCAAGCUGCCUUGUGCCUGGAGCAACCGGCUUUUUUAGGUAUGGCAGUUGGACAUGACAUGAGUGUUGGCGUGGGGCUCGCCGAGUGCUCCUCGGCGUUUAAUAAGGGGUUCUUUGAUUUGCCAGGCUCCCUAUUGGCCGACUAUUCCCUGGGUUGCUGGCGGUAGUCUAGGGACACUUCAUUUUAGGGCAGACUAAAAAGCGUAUACAGGAUGGGUCUGGGCGGUAGGUGGGCUUCGGGGGCGC